UCCCGGCGGUGAAGCGCGCGGUCCAACCAAACUCUUGCAGAAUCAUUCUGCCGUCAUGGCUGGGCGGGAUCUCUGUCGGCCAAUAAAGCGGUACGGCGCCAUCGCGGGAGCCAGUAGAAAGGCGGCGGAGGGGGCGGGAGUGGCGGUGGCGGCGCCGUCGGGUUUGGCUGGGCAGAGAGGGCGCUUGAGGAGAACCGAGUGGGGGCACUCCGAAGAGUUGAAGCGCUCCCACUUCCUCCUCGCCUCACCUUGCGAGCGCUCCUGCGCCCUUUCCCCUCCUACGGUCGGUCCGUACCUGACGUCCAACUCCCGCCCCGGAGGAAAGGCCUCAUGGCUCCUCAAAAGCACGGCGGCGGCGGCGGAGGCAGCGGAGGCGGCGGGAGUAACGCGGGGCCCAGCUCAGGUGCUCCGAGCGGAGGGGGAGGCGCUGCUGCCGCCACAGCCACCGCCACGGGCGGAGGCGCCGGUGGGGGUUUCGGCGGCUUCACCUCAGCCGCUGCGCCAGGCGGCAAAUCCGGCGGUGCUGUUGGAGGCGGCGGCGGCGGCGGAGGAGGAGGCGGCGGCGGUGGCGGCAGUUAUUCCGGCGGCGGCGGGGGUUCGUCGGCAUCUUCCGCGGCGGCCGGUUCAGCGGCGGCCCUGCCCCCGGUGAAAAAACCGAAGAUGGAGCAGAUCCAGGCUGACCACGAGCUCUUCCUUCAGGCCUUCGAGAAACCAACACAAAUAUAUAGAUUUCUACGUACCCGCAAUCUUAUAGCUCCAAUAUUCUUACAUAGAACUCUCACUUAUAUGUCCCACAGAAACUCCCGAACAAAUAUUAAAAGGAAAACUUUCAGAGUAGACGGGAUGCUGACGAAAGUAGAGAAAACAAAGGGAGAACACGACUUGCAAAGCUUGUCUGCUCAUCUACAUCUCACCUUUACCGGUUUCUUCCAUAAAAAUGAUAAGCCAUUGCAAAAUUCAGAAAAUGAACAAAGUUCUGUAACUCUGGAAGUAUUGCUCGUAAAAGUUUGUCACAAAAAGCGAAAAGAUGUUAGCUGUCCUAUAAGACAAGUACCUACAGGGAAAAAGCAGGUACCUUUGAAUCCAGACACCAGCCAAAUAAAGCCGGGCAACUUUCCAUCAUUGGCCGUUUCCAGCAAUGAGUUUGAACCCAGUAACAGCCACAUGGUGAAGUCUUAUUCAUUAUUAUUCAGAGUAACUCGUCCAGGAAGAAGAGAAUUUAAUGGGAUGAUAAAUGGUGAAACAAAUGAAAAUAUUGAUGUUAAUGAAGAGCUUCCAGCUCGAAGAAAACGAAAUUCUUCCAACCGUGAAGAUGGGGAAAAGACUUUUGUAGCACAAAUGACUGUAUUUGAUAAAAAUAGACGGUUGCAGCUUCUUGAUGGAGAAUAUGAAGUAGCAAUGCAAGAAAUGGAAGAAUGUCCUAUCAGCAAGAAAAGAGCAACAUGGGAAACAAUACUUGAUGGAAAGAGGCUUCCACCAUUUGAAACAUUUUCUCAGGGACCAACACUUCAGUUUACACUUCGAUGGACUGGAGAAACAAAUGAUAAACCUUCCACUCCUAUAGCUAAGCCCCUUUCAACACGGAAUUCAGAGAGUCUCCCUCAAGAAAAUAAGUCAAGUUCUGUUAAACCUACACAGACUAUAGCUGUGAAGGAAUCUUUGCCAUCAGAUCUACAAACAAGAAAAGAGAGAGAUGUUUCAAAUGAGCCUCGUCAGAAACUGAGAAUAUUUUAUCAGUUUCUUUAUAAUAACAACACAAGGCAACAGACUGAAGCUAGAGACGACUUGCAUUGCCCAUGGUGCACGCUGAAUUGUCGCAAACUUUACAGCUUACUUAAACAUCUCAAGCUUUGUCACAGCCGGUUUAUUUUCAAUUAUGUGUAUCAUCCAAAAGGUGCUAGGAUAGAUGUUUCUAUCAAUGAGUGUUAUGAUGGCUCCUAUGCAGGAAACCCUCAGGAUAUUCAUCGUCAGCCUGGGUUUGCCUUCAGUCGUAACGGACCAGUCAAGCGAACUCCAAUAACACACAUCCUUGUAUGCAGGCCAAAGCGUACAAAAGCCAGCAUGUCAGAAUUUUUGGAAUCUGAAGAUGGAGAAGUAGAGCAGCAAAGAACAUAUAGCAGUGGCCAUAAUCGAUUAUACUUUCACAGUGAUACUUGUCUACCUCUACGCCCUCAAGAAAUGGAAGUUGAUAGUGAAGAUGAAAAAGAUCCUGAAUGGCUACGGGAGAAAACUAUAACGCAAAUUGAAGAGUUUUCUGAUGUUAAUGAAGGAGAAAAAGAAGUCAUGAAAUUAUGGAAUCUACAUGUUAUGAAACAUGGGUUUAUUGCUGACAAUCAAAUGAAUCAUGCCUGUAUGCUGUUUGUAGAAAAUUAUGGACACAAAAUUAUUAAGAAGAAUUUGUGUCGGAAUUUUAUGCUUCAUCUAGUCAGCAUGCACGACUUUAAUCUUAUAAGCAUUAUGUCAAUAGACAAAGCUGUUACUAAACUCCGAGAAAUGCAACAGAAAUUAGAAAAAGGAGAGCCCAUUACAGCCACAGCACCUGAGGAGUUUACAGAAGAACAGAUGGGUGCAACUAAUGGCUAUGGCGAUGCUAAUUCUAGGGAACGGUCUUCAGAAAUAGAUAAUACAUCUUGUAUGACAAAACAGAAUAGAAAACAGAAGAUCUGAAAAGACCAGCUGACAAAAACAUGAAGUGAUAUUCUAAGAUGCAUGAACUCUAUAAGGAAUUUAAUAAGAUAUACAGAUUUUUAACAGGCACUGCUGGAAACAAAGGAUUUCAUCACAGAUAGUGUUGAUAUGGUUCCUACUGAAAUAAUUACACAAGUGCAACAUGUAUAUCGGUUCUAGUGGUGUAAUGACAAUACUCAAAGUUUGAGCAUGAAGAGCAAUACAAUUUUUGGAAAUUUUAAUUAUGAAAUGUACUGAAUUUACAUAACUUGAGUAUAUGUAAACCAGUUUUUAUAUAAAAAUUUUUGCAUCGGUAAUGGCUGACUUUCCUACCAUGGAGUUGAAAAUGAGAAGCGAUCGGAACAGUUUAUAAUUUGUACUUUAAAAUUCUGUUUCUUUUUUGUAGAAAAUAAUGUAUCAUUUAAAGCUUAAUUUGAUCCUAUAUUUUUAUUCUAUCAAAUUAGAAGACCGCAGUUUUUAAAUACAUUUUUAAACAUUCAAGUGUAAUAUUGCACUUCUAUAAUGUCCAUUUAGGGGGGAAAUUGCUUUAUCUAUCUCAAACACAGGGAUAUACUAUAUUAAUUGUGCCAGUAGCCUAAAAGAAUUUGUUGAUAUCAUCUGGUAUAUGAGAUCAGACUGUUUAGGGUGGAUGAAGAUGAUGAUAUGCUGCUUUAACACCUUCAGGUUAUGGUGGGCAUUUCGGCCUACAUUUGCAUGUAUACAGACUGCAGAAUCAAAGCACAGGUAACCUGGGACUUUUAGAUGCUACUUUUAAGGGGGAAAAUACACUGUAAAAUUGGUCCAGAAAAUGUGUUGCACUUCUUUUGCAAGUAUUCUGUGAUGUAUUGCAUUCAAUACAGAUGCUAAUUAAAAGUCUGGUGCAGUCUUGCACUGCUCUUAACACAUUAAAGCAUAUGUUUACAGAUUUUCUUUUUUUCCAAUGGAAAGUAGCUUCACUACUGGUACAGUAUCAGCACCAAGGGUUUGUUCCAGCAAGCACUAUGGUUGAGUAACAUCACCUCGUUCUUUUUUUAAAAAAAUCUUAAAAUAAUUCAUUUUUCAUACUCCUUAUUUAUAAAGGAUCAGUUAUGUAUAUACAAUUUACAUUUGUUUUUAUUUCAUUCCAUCAUCGUAAGUAGGCAGUUCCCCAUUUUGGAUUUUUGCUAUGGAAUGGGUGGGGAAGAAGCUUCCUAAUGGAGAUUUUCAAAACUUUAUAAAAACUGUAAAUACUGACUUUGGUCCCUUAAAGGUGUGUUUAACUGUGAGACUAUUUAACUAAUGGUGUGGAUGUGAUUUGUCAUCCAGUAUUAAGUUCUUAGUCACAGAUUUGUGUCAAUAGCAAAGAGGGAGACUACCGUUUUCAUUAGGUGACUUUUGUCUGCUCUGAGUUGUAGUAAACUCUAAUUACACCUUUGAAUAGCCGGCAAGCAUUUCUCUUGGGCUUUAAUUUGCUAAAGCUGUGCACAUAUGUAAAGAAAUAUUUUAGGAGAGACAUAGAUGUAGAGUUAUUGCUUAUGUCACUUAAGCAGUCGCGCUCUCAAUGCUUAAAAGGAGGCUAGCAUUCUUUGCACAAAAAGUUGAUGACCCCCAAAAAUAGUAAUCAAAUUACUUCUGUCAAGUAAACUUUCUAUGUCAUGUCCAUUUAUAAUAAAAGCUGAGAAUCCCUUUGUUUCUAUUUAUAAUAAAGAUGGAUUUUCUAUAUGUACUCUUAAUGAGACUUUGAAGAAAUCAUGUAAACUGGAUGAACAUUUGAAUGGUACAGUAGAUAAAGACAAUUGUUUAAUGAACCUUUUUGUUUUUACAUUAAAUGUUUAUUUGAAUUUUGUACAUAAAGUUCAAUAAUGUAAAAUCUGA